ACUGCUGGGCUUGCAUUGGCGGCCCGUUUGUCGGAGGAUACGACACUCUCUGUGUUGGUCUUGGAAGCUGGAGAGGCCAACCUCAAUGAGAAGGCACACCUGGUACCGCGGCAACGAAGCAUGCAGUUCAACAAUCCUAAGUUUGACUGGGCGUUUAACACAAUGACGCUGCUCGGAUUCUUAGCAGACUUAAUAGUGCUAUGCAGAGGCAAAGGCCUCGGGGGUAGCUCAGCAAUGAACUUCUUGGUCUGGAACAAGCCCGCCCGAGAGUAUCUGGAAUCAUUCGGCCAUCUCGGCAACGAAGGAUGGAACUGGGAGCGAUUCGCAGAGUACUCCAAGAAGGCGGAGAGGUUCAAUAUGCAAAAUACUUCCUGGGUCUCAAGGAGCGCUGAGAACAAUAUAACAGGCGCACAUGUAUUCACCAGUCCUCUGGAUUCGUGCGUGUUUGUGUCCUUCAAUCUUUGGUUUCGCGGUUCCGACUGGCCGCAGGUACAUGGCACAUCUAUGUUUGCCUCCACUCUAGACCCAAAGACACAUCUUCGUGCAUACGCGACAACCGUAUAUUACGAGCCGAACGCUUCGCGGAUCAACCUCACUGUGCUCGUUUCGGCCCACGUUAUCAAGGUGAACACCAAGGCAAACGGUGACGGCACGGUUACCGCCAUCGGUGCGAGCUUUUUGUGCGGAGGAAGCGUCCAUGAAGUGUUCUGCGACAAGGAAGUCUGCCUCGCUGCCGGUGCUAUUAUGACGCCUCAGAUCCUUGAACUGUCAGGUAUAGGGGACCCUAAUGUACAGGAGAAAGCAGGUGUUCAGACUAAAGUCGAGCUCCCAGGCGUGGGAGCUAAUGUACAAGAGCAUCUAUGGUCUGGUAUAAUAUACGAGGUGAAGCAACAUAAGGUAGACGGUCGUGAGGUCAACACCCUUGAUCCGUUAUUGUUCCCCGAGGAGGCCGUCAAGCACGCUGCGCUACACCCACAAGGAAAGGGUGCUCUGAACCUCGCGACUGUCUGCCUGGUGUUCCUUCCCCUCGCCGCGAUUUCCAGGGAUGCUGAAAGACUACAACGCACCGUGUCCGAAACUAUACUGUCCAACAUCCGAGAUGGAAAAUACCCGAGCGGCCUCCAGAAACAGUAUGAGAUCCAGCUCAGGCACCUCGAGCAAAAUGUACCGAGCUUGGAGGUCAUGUGCUCGCCUGGCCCGAUUGUGCCGCCGAGUGCGCUGGAUGUCAACAAGAAGCAUGUCACGAUUGGGUUCGCGCUUAAUAGCCCGUUUUCCAGAGGGACAAUUCACAUCACGAGCAAGGAUCCGCUUGCGCACCCUGAGAUAGACCCUCACGUCUUUGAGGAGCAUGUAGAUCUGCAGACGUUGGUGGAACUUGUCAAAUUCUGCCGAACUCUGGCCAUGACCGAGCCAUUGAAAGAUAUUCUAGGCGGUGAGUGCGAUGAGAUAUGGCCCGCUGCUAACACAGAGACGGACGAGCAGAUCGAAGAUCAGCUCCGCAACGUGGUGAGCACGUCCUACCACACUGUCGGCUCGUGCUCGAUGCUUCCCUUGGAAGAUGGCGGUGUGGUCGACUCGCGUCUGAAGGUGUACCACACGACCAACGUCCGCGUUGUUGACCUCUCCAUCGUCCCGCUGCAUAUUGGCAGCCAC